AUUAUUUAUGAUGUGGGGUGUCAGUGGAGUAUUAAUUUUUUACAGAGAGUUGCUGAGAGCCAAGGCUUAUCCAUACCAGAAAAUAUGCAGAUCAUCCCUGCGGUUGGAAAAUUCCAUCUCAGUGCUCACAAAUUGGCUUGCUUUGCAAGGUACAGCCUCAACUUUGUUCAAGGGGCUGGACAUGUUGAUGGGGAGAUUUUGGAGACCUUAUGGGCACCAUUCAAU